AAGGGUACCACAUAUUUCAACGAGUAUUUGUGCUAAGCGCUACUGCGCAAUCCCACGUUCUAGGAUUUCAUCCGAGUGACACUAAUGGGAGAGAGGAUCGGCGCGAGUGUUGCGUAGUAGGUAAAGUCAUACGGUUGCGUGUGGAAGGUAACGCGUGUUCGUGAAGGGCUCCCGUUCGUGGAAACGGCAUGAUGAUGAGCGGUACCGGUUUAUCCUUGUACGCGUGGCGCACGGCCGUGAUUGUGUCUAGCGAACUUAGAACUAAGUGUAUCAGCAGUGACAAUGCAUUGUGAUCUUAGUUGUCGUUGUAAGAAAAAGUCGAGGCCGUCGUCGCCGCCGUCGUCGUUGUCGUCGACGUCGCCGACGUCGUCGUCGUUGCCGCCACCACCACCGCCACCACCGCCGCCGCCACCGCCGCCGCUGCCGUUGUCAUCGGGCGCGCGUUGUCGUUACUCAUCUCGGUAUUUGGCACCGGUAUCCCGACACGGUCCGUCGUGGAAUGGCAGCAGCCCUAAAGAAAAAUCACUCACGUAGACGAUUGGCCGCCCUCACUUUCCUCUCCAACAUCUCUCUCGACGGCAGUCACCGGGACACCAAGUUCGCCGUCCUGUCACGCAGCGGGCCGAGUCACGCGCGCAGAUUUAGCGAUGGCCAGUCUGAACAGCAGGCGGUGCUGGAGGUAUGCCGGAACGCCGACUUUGAGUCCUCCAUGGAGGAGGUGUUAGAUGUAGUCUGCCCUCCAGAGGAGACUCACGACUUGUCACAGAAUGAGACGAUAGAGAAUAACUCUCCGCAGCCGGUGCACAAGAGCACCGAUCAUAACUCCUUCAGUUCUGAUUCGGAUGGACUACUCACUCCUGCCAAGGCAGCAGUUACUAUGUUCUUGGAGCAGGAGAGAAAUCACUUGCAGUUUUCUUGUGGCAUGCACAGUUCGUUUAGAGAACGAACGGGAACUACUGGAAGCGACUAUUCCUUACCAGAAAGACGUGUGGGCUCUCUAUAUUAUAAGAAGCGUAUAAGUCAUCAAACAUCUACGCUUUCGGAAGAUAUUAAGCAUCAAUACAAUAGUAGCAAUGAAAGUAUUGGCUCCAUACAUUCAAAAGCACAAUCGUCAAAACCAAAGACAAAGGCAGUGAACAAUGUGCAACCUGUUUCUGCAAAUAGUAGCAUAAUACCAGAGAUUACAAAGGAAUUGCGUUUGAUGCAACGGCCUGUGAAUGGCUGUAAAUUUGGGGAUGACAGAAUGGUUUUAGUAUCGAACCAACAUGUGCCAUUUGUAAUAUUUUCUGCUAUUCCAUACAAUAAAGGACAACGUUCCAGCUGGUCAGAGUUACGUAAAGAUACGUGUCGAAGGAAAAAUGUGUCAUCUCAAAGACCUUUAUCAGCAAUUAAUGACAGUAUUGAUCCCUUUAGAUUGUUGGGUAUAGAGCAUGCUAAGGAUGGCCAAGAAAUAUCUUACGGGCAACUACUUGUACCAUCUCGGCAAUUUCAAAGAGAUAAAAAAAUGAUGAAUCUAAAUGAAAACGAACCUAUGGAACUUACACAUUUUAUACCUAAUAAACAUCAUGUGGUACAAAGGUGUCUUUCUUAUGAUACAGCUACAAACCGUGCUCAUUACAUAACUUCUGAGUCUCCACCAUUGUCUUUCAGUGUUGAUUCCAAAGGUAGUUUUAAAAAAUUUCAUGAUUGGGACGAACAAUCUGCCCAGUAUAAUCCAAACUUAUUGGAUGAUCCAGAACUUAUCGCUGGGAAACAUAGAACAUUGCUGACAUUUACAUCAUACAUGGCAUCCGUUAUUGAUUAUGUAAGGCCUUCCGAUUUGAAGAAAGAAUUAAAUGAUAAAUUUAAAGAAAAGUUUCCACAUAUUCAACUCACUCUCAGUAAACUUCGCAGUUUAAAACGAGAAAUGAGAAAAAUAGCUAAAUUAGAAUAUGGAAUUGAUUUACUCACUGUCGCAAUGGCCUAUGUAUAUUUUGAAAAACUUAUUCUUCGAAAUAUCGUGACAAAACAGACACGGAAGUUAUGUGCUGGCGCUUGUUUACUUCUUGCAGCAAAAUUGAAUGAUGUGAAGGGUGAUAUUCUUAAAUCCCUCAUCGAGAGAAUUGAAGGAGUAUUCCGAUUAAAUCGCAAGGACUUAAUUACGUCUGAGUUUGCCGUGUUGGUAGCUUUAGAAUUUGGUUUGCAUUUGCCAACAUGGGAAAUAUUUCCUCAUUAUCAGCGAUUGAUUUAUGAAUCCUGACAUUCUUUUAUAUCAUUCUUUUCACGCAAUUUCAAAACCUCUUUAUGAGAAAAUCUCGCAAUGAGGACUAUAAAGGACAUCUUCCUCUUCAUACAUAUCCUGCAGAGCCGCUCUUUUGUCUCUGAGCUGCGCCCAUUGAUCUUUUUCGAAAUAUACAAUACUUUAUUACCUGCUCCUGAGCGCAGCUACAUUCCAGGCACUAUAUCUUUGUAACUUUUACGAAUCCGCAAAAAUCCUUUUACGUAUUUAUUUUACAAUCCAAAUACUUGCGAAAAAUGUAUUUA